AUGAAGGCGCAGGCGCUGCUGUGCUCGGCUGAGAUCAAACAGAUCGACCUGGACAUCAACCGCACCUUCAGGAACCACGUGAUGUUCAUGGAUCGCUUCGGAGUCAAGCAGCAGGCUCUCUUCAGCGUCCUCUCUGCAUACUCCGUCUACAACACAGAGGUGAGCUACUGUCAGGGGAUGAGUCAGAUCGCCGCUCUGCUGCUGAUGUUCCUGAACGAGGAGGACGCCUUCUGGGCGCUGUCGCAGCUGCUGACACACCACACACACGGCAUGCACGGGUUUUUUGUCCCAGGUUUCCCCAAACUGCAGCGGUUUCAGACUCAUCACGAUCAGAUCAUUUCCAAACUCAUCCCCAAGCUGAAGAAACAUCUGGACAGGGAGCAGAUGUCUGCGGGGAUCUACAGCACUAAGUGGUUCCUGCAGUGCUUCAUCGACAGGGUCAGAAACUAAAUGAUUGUACUGUAUCUCCUCUCCACUUGUAGAGGCUAAGCCAACGCUUUAAGCCUCUGAGGAUCCGCUAUGUUGGCGUAAUUGACGCACACAAAGUUUCCAGUUAAAUACAGUCCAUUUAUUUCCUUUUCACUGG